GCGGUUCGCUGUCAGAUGAGAGGGGUUGUCUGUUCUCCUUUGGUUCGUCUAUCAUUGGUCAAAUUCGAGACGUGAUUGUUUUUUCAUUUUUCCUAUCUGUUUCCUGGCAUAUCAUACUGAUUUUGGCGAGCACGUCGUGAUUGACGGCACGUAGAGUUGAACAUCGUGAUAAACCAUGCAGGCCUUACACGCCGCGUCUUUGUUUGCCCUUCCGUGGCUAUUCCGGGAAGUGGCCCCAUUAUAUCUCAAUGUUACCGCCAUAAGUGCCCGAGACGGAUCGUCAAUCAUCGAGUGUUGGCAGAUGGCCCAGCCCUUUGACAUCUCCACCGAGCCUGGGAUAUCAGGCACUGCUCAGGUGGCACUUGGCGACGCAUCCAGCCUGGCUUUCUCCGUCCUCCCACCAAACUUUGACGGUGGCGUGCAUCACGCGCCGGCAAACCAAUGGGUCGCGUUUAUUGCCGGGUUGGCUUAUAUAACGCUCCCCGAUGACGACACCGCUGGCGCAUACAUCUCCGGUGGUCAAUUUGGCCUAGUAUUCGCAGCUGAUACCGAAGACGUGAGUGUGAAAGGACAUCGGACCCAGUAUCCUGGUCUUACUGAAACGGUCGCGCUCCGGGUCCCGACCGUAGACGGGAAAAUACCAGAGCACCAAGUACUUCACCCGGGCCCAUGCGGCGCAGGUGAAAUCGCUGGAGUUAGGCAAUUUGGAAUGCCGGGGUGAUUUCGGGCCUCCUGGUAAUGGGUCGACGUUUGGUCUGGCGAUUCCCGCUUUCUUAUCAUAAAAUCUGUCUCCGGCUCUCCGUGACGUGACGCCAUCAUCUUCUAGAAUUUAUUUACAUGCACCGGAGGGCUCGGGUUAACUUAACGCGAAUGACAAGGGCGAUUUCUACGUUCUAUCAUUUAAUUAUUAUCAAGGUAGAUUAACAAGUUUGAAGAAAGAAGCAUGCCAAAUAAAUUAGCAACCUGUUAAAGAGUUGGUAAUUCUGGAUCCAAGUGAUAAACCCUCCCCUCAUUAUUCACGUACACCCAACUAAGCAAACUUGUCACUAUAGCUCUCUAGCGAUAUUAUACUGUGUCACUUAGUAUGAAUCUGAGGCAACGUGUUAUCAUCGCUUUUAGUUUGAAGUGGGCAAGAAACGUCAACGAUUAUGAGGAUUCGAGAGACGCUGACAGGAUUUUCGCCAUAACAACUGCGCUAUGAUUUGAUGCAAUCAUUACAGACCCCUAUUCCGGCCGC